AUGCCUAAAUUCAAGAAGAAUAAACGUCAACGACGUCAAAAUGCUCUAAAGAUGAAUGAAAUUCUGAGGAGAAGAAAAAUACCUGAAUGCGAAUUUGACGACAAAAAUAAUUAUUCAAAUUUACCAAUAAUUGAAAAUGAUAAUGGGCUAAAUACGAACAAUGACGAUACGGCAGUAAACGACUCGAGUCAAGAAACCAUAUAA